ACGAAGUAUGGACUUUUCUCCAUAAUUUGUAGAACAGUCCUCUUCCAACAGGGCCUUUUGAUUGAGAGAGUUAUACUCCCUUUGAUACAUAAUCCAAACAUAAUUUGUGUAGUUUCUCAUGAAAUUUUGGCAGAAUCCCUGACCCGGCGGAUUUCGUAUUCAAGCUAACUCCACUCACCUGCUGGUUGCCCAUUUAGCAUCUGCCAUCAAAUGAACUACCUGUUCAAACGUCUCCCUCGCAACCGUCUUGCCGCCACUCGCCGGAGCACCCGCCGCCUCCACUCACACCCCCAUCCUCUCCUCGCUACCUUCUCCCGCCUCUGCGCCGAGGGGCCCUUCCCCGCCGCGCUGUCGCUGCUCCUGGACCUCGCCGCGGCGGGCCUCCGUGCGGACCCUGUCUCCCUCUGCUGCCUCGUCAAGCUCUGUGUGCGCCACGGCACGGCCAGCGACGGCCGCCUCAUCCAUCGCCACGUCACUCGCGGGGACUAUGGAGCUCUGGGGCACGGCGGCGGCAGCCUCUUCGUCUCCAACUCCCUCGUCUCCAUGUACGUCAAGUUCGGCCUGCUCGACGACGCGCUCAGGCUGUUCGACGGAAUGUCCCAGAGGAACGUUGUCUCGUGGACGACCGUCGUCGCGGCGCUGGCCAGCGCCGACGGGAGGAAGGAGGAGGCGCUGAGGUUCCUGGUGGCCAUGCGGAGGGACGGGGUGGCUCCCAACGCAUACACGUUCUCGAGUGUCCUUGGCGUGUGUGGCACGCCGGGGAUGCUCACGGCUGUGCACGCCAGCAUUGUCAAGGUUGGGCUGGAUUCGGAUGUGUUUGUGCGAAGCUCCUUGAUUGACGCGUACAUGAAGAUUGGAGAUUUGGGUAGCGGGCACUGUGUCUUUGACGAGAUGGUGACCAGGGACUUGGUUGUGUGGAAUUCCAUCAUUGCGGGGUUCGCACAGAGUGGAGAUGGUGUCGGGGCGAUAGAACUGUUUAUGAGAAUGAAGGAUGCUGGAUUCUCGGCUAACCAGGGCACCUUGACAAGUGUCCUACGGGCGUGCACUGGGAUGGUCAUGCUUGAAGUGGGGAGGCAGGUGCAUGCUCAUGUGCUCAAGUAUGACAAGGACUUAAUUCUGCACAAUGCGCUUCUCGACAUGUACUGCAAGUGCGGGAGCUUGCAGGAUGCAGAUGCCUUGUUCCACAGGAUGCCCCAGAGGGAUGUGAUCUCAUGGAGCACCAUGAUCUCUGGUUUGGCGCAAAAUGGGAGUAGCGUUGGGGCAUUGAGGGUUUUCAACUUGAUGAAAUCUGAAGGAAUCACACCGAACCGCAUAACAAUGAUUGGGGUUCUCUUUGCCUGCAGCCAUGCUGGGCUAGUGGAAGAUGGUUGGUAUUACUUCAAGUCGAUGGAGAAGCUCUUUGGCAUUCUACCUGAGAGAGAACACCAUAACUGCAUGGUUGAUCUCCUUGGCCGGGCAGGGAAGCUCGAUGAGGCUGUGGAGUUUAUCCAUGGGAUGGGCUUUGAGCCGGACUCAGUCAUAUGGAGGACUCUUCUUGGGGCUUGCAGGAUGCACAAAAAUGUCAAUCUUGCAGCAUUCGCAGCCAGAGAAAUCCUUAUACUAGAGUCUAACGACCAAGGUGCUCGUAUAUUGUUAUCAAACAUAUAUGCAGAUCUGCGGAAAUGGACAGAUGCUGAGAAAUCAUGGAAAGCAUUGAGAGACCGAGGGGUGAAGAAAGAACCGGGGCGAAGCUGGAUUGAACUGGAAAAACAGGUCCAUGUGUUCAUUGCUGGUGACUUAUCACACCCAUGCUCGGAUGCCAUAGUUCAGGAGCUGAACCGGUUGAUUGGAAGGAUCAACGCUUUGGGUUAUGUCCCGCAGACAGAAUUUGUGCUGCAGGAUCUUGGAAGCGAGCAGAAGGAAGAUCUGCUGAAAUAUCACAGCGAGAAGCUGGCAAUAGCAUUUGGCACAAUGCGUGCGAUGGAAGGGAAGCCUAUCAGAAUCAUGAAGAACCUUAGGAUCUGUGGCGACUGCCACUCCUUUGCGAAGCUCGUCUCCAAGAGCGAAGACAAGGUGAUCAUCAUCAGGGACCCUGUUCGGUUUCACCAUUUACAGGAUGGAGUUUGCUCCUGUGGCGACUACUGGUAGCCAGGGAUGGUGUUCCACAUUGGCAUCACUUGGUGAGUUUAGUGGUCAAUGGUGACAAGUGCUAUCAUGCUCGCAGGCAUUCUUUGAUCUUUGUGAAGGUGGGUACAGAAAAUGUACUCUCGGUUCAGUCGGUUGUUGCCAGAAUAAUCUAAUUCUGUAUUUAUUGAAAGAAGAGCAAGAAAAGAGAGCCAGUAGUCAAAAAGAGCAAAGGAUAAAGAAGGCAAAAAGAGAGAGGAAAAGGUAGAAAAAGGAAGGCAAUAAGAGCAAAUAGAAGUCAUGGUCCAUGAAAGCCCCUUCUCCUUGGUCCACCUCAUCCACGCAGCCUCGCCACAGGCGCAAGCGCCGAAACAGAACGAGACCAAAGAUUUCGGCGUUCUCCACCGAGCACCAAGCCCCACUGCACCAGCCAUGGCCCGUGGAGGCCACCGGUGACACGGCGCCGAUAGCAAGAGGGCAAAGGAGGAGCGGUGCCAGUGCCGGUGCCGGUGGUGUUCGUGAGGUGCGGCGAGAUGUUGGUGCGGAUAAAGGCGGUGGUUGACAAGUUCGUGAGGGAGCACAAAGUUUCUUGAUGAGUUGAUGUCGAUGCUAUUCAGUUUCUUGUGAUGGUUAACAAGGACUCUAUCCGGUUAUAAA